GCUCAGCAGCAGGACGUAGCGGUCCAUGGCCCGGCGGGACGCGGACGGAGCCGCCGCCGCCGCCGCCGCCGCUCCGAACGGCCCGCGCUGCCGCCCUUGCACCGCCCCUCGCAGCGAAGCGCUUCCGCUUCCCGCCGGUGCGGCGGCCAAGGGGCUCUGCUUCCCGUCAGCCGCGGCGGCAGGGCGGCUAUGGCCAGUUUCACCAAGGCGGCCCAGCAAUGGGCUACUUUUGCCAGAGCCUGGUAUCUCCUCGAUGCGAAGUUGCAGCCGCCAGGAAAAAUAGCAGCUGAGACUGUAAUCAGGCUCGAAGGCAGGCAUAAACCUAUUUAUCACGCACUAAGUGACUGCGGAGAUCAUGUUGUCAUAAUAAAUACAAGACACAUUGCCUUCUCUGGUAACAAAUGGGAACAGAAAGUAUAUUCGUCACAUACUGGCUAUCCUGGUGGUUUCAAACAGGUGACAGCAACUCAGCUCCAUUUGAAGGAUCCAACUGCUAUUGUUAAACUCACUAUUUAUAGAAUGCUUCCAAAAAACCUUCAGAGAAGAACUAUGAUGCAGAGGCUGCACCUGUUCCCAGAUGAUGUUAUUCCAGAAGAUAUAGAGAAGAAUCUUCUACAAGAGAUUCCUCAGCCACGUGUAGUCCCCAAGAGGUUAGAUGAAUAUACACCAGAAGAAGUUGCUGCCUUUCCAAAGGUUUGGACUCCACCUAAAGAUUUUCGAUGGAAGUAACAACAAUGAAAGAAGAACCAUCAGGAAUGUCUCUUCUCCUUGAAAAUAAUUUCUUCUACCGUGGAAGCAUCUGUGCAUCUCGGUAAAUCUGGUACAGAAUGUUUCUGAUGGGUGUUAGCAAACUUUAUUUGGAAAGAUUGUAAAAAUUACUGUGUUUGAAACAGCUAAGAAUAGAUAAUAUUCUAUUAAUAAUUGUUAAUACCAGCGGCACUCUGUGGUGUAUGAUCUGGAAUUUGUUAAUUACAUCUGAUUUAAUAGUAUUAUUAAAGAAUUGAUACAUUUUUUAUUAAUGUUUGCACCUCAUGGGAACAAUACACUGUUCACUGAAAUGAAGUGUCUCACACUAAAGGUUGCAGAACUUGAAUUCCAUGCAAUAAGAGCAGUUGUGGUCGCAGAGCUCCCACAAAUGGCACGCUGUCAGUAAAUGAUCUGAUUUGCUCUUCUGGUAAAAGAAGUGAUCAAUCCAUCCUUACACAGCUUGAUGAAUGGCAGAAUGCCAGGCUCAGUUCAGAAAAAAUGAAUUGUUCAUGUAGAACUCGUUCUCUCUUUGUGGGAUGUAAAAAACCCGGUGGCUUGAGCUGUUACCCUGCAAUAGAUUAUGUGGUUCUUUUGAAAGCCGCUUCUAGAAUGCAGUGUAUGCAUCAGAUGAAAUUCAUAGUGAAGUUUUGCUGAGUGCAUAUCUACGUAGGCCUGCAGUAUCCUUGUCUUUUUAGGUGAACGUACCCAUGGAAGUAACUGUGGUGGUGGUGGUAAGCAAAAUCAAACUUAUUCCAGAGCCAAGUUGCAUUAGGAAAACAGCUCAGGGCAGGUACCAAAUACACAUGUGUGCAUACUGUAAUCAUGUUAGAGGGAAGAAAACUAUUAUUAGAAGAUACAUCUUGGAGAAAUGAGGAGGCAGUGGCAUUUGUGAUGGCCAUUUUUUAUGUCCUAUGGGAGUUUAUCUCACAGUCUUCAGCAGCCUUCUAGAAAGAGGUUUCCUGCACUACAUGCUUUGCCUGUAGUUCAACCUGUUCCUCAUGACCAAAGACGUAUUGGUCACCGACCAUAAUUUUUCAUCCUCAAGCUUUGGCCUUUUUUUGAUAUGGUGUACCAUAUAGUGUGCUUGGAACACUGAAAAUUAAGCCAAAAGGUGUUAAAUAUAAUCCUAAUACUGUUUCAUUCUUGAUAUGUAGACAUUACAUGAUUGUCAGCAGGAGAGUUGCUACCUGUAACAUUUGGUCUGCCACAGAAAGCAGGCGAGCAGACCCCCACCCCAUCUAGGCAUAGCCUUUGCAGAUGGCACACUUUGGGCUUGCAGUGCUGUUUACCAACUAAACCACCCAUUUGGGGCUGUAAAGAGUAUUUUCUUAAGUGGUUCUUCCUCCCCAGGAGUAGAUUCUGACAGCCCAGCACAGAUUUUCUGGAAGACCUCACUGAAAUAACAGACAGUAAAGGCAGAUCAUAUGGAGAUACUCUUCCUUCCUUUCCCCUCUUAAAUGGAAAUCUGAUUUUGAUUCAAGUCACAGCAACACGCCUUCCUCACUUAAAGAAUGUAUUAAAGAAUGAAGCAGCAGCAUAUUUAUUAUGAAAACCAAAUGAGGAAACUGGAGUGUUGAAUGAUGCAAAAAUAAGUUUAAAAUUAUUUUACUUCUGCAAAUUACUUCCCUGAAGUUCAUUAUUGCUUUUCUGCUCAGAAAACCCUCAAGUGUUUUCUGUAUCUGUUUUAUACAGACAUCAUAUAGGAAGAAAAACAUUGGUUUAUUUAUAAGCAUAUUUCAUCAUAUGAACUAAUGGAUUGGUAUCAGGCAUUUCUUUGGCAUUCAGAUGGGCUUAUCCCAGGAAAUGUUCCUGUCCAGUGAACGUGCAGAUUUCAUUUCCAAGUCAGUAACCACAUUUCAUGAACUAGUAAAAGUAUUUUUAAAAGCAGUAGGUUAAAAUAAAUGCUCUUUUUUGCAUAAGGACACAGUACAUAUACUUUAUUGGGAAGAUCUGGGUGGCAUCAGCUGUUCAUCCUGUGCUAAAUACUUCACAGUCAGCAACUUCAGUUUCUUAGGCUGUCUGGAAAAACAGGAGCCGUUCCUGAUUAUUCGGAGACUGACUUUUGGAGAAAAUGUUGACCAUAUGCAUCUUUUUGGCACACAUACAAAUCCUGAAUAAUAUUUUUAUAACUUGGUGGUGCCCACCAGUUACAUUUUAUUGCCCAGGUUUACCCAGGAAGUGAACAUACGACAAAUGAUGCAUGAAGCAUUUUGGUUAGUGGGGUGCCAGUAAAUGUCGUUAUGAAAGUAAAGCAAAUUAGCUGGUGCAGUUAAAGUUUGGGCUUUAGUCUAUAAAUUAAGUUAUAAAAUUUUAA